CGGAAUUUUCAAAACAACAGUCUCGAGCUCGCAGUGAAAAAGCAAACACUUGAAGACCAACAUGCAUUUCUCUUUUGCCAAACUGUUGACCAUCUGCACCCUGGCCUUAAUUUUGGCUAGCUGGUUGGUUCCAUCCGAGGCCACCUACAGAAAACCACCCUUCAACGGCUCCAUUUUCGGAAAGCGAGGCGCCACUAGUGAGUAUGACAGCACCGGCAAGGCACUAUCUGCUAUGUGCGAAAUCGCCAGCGAAGCCUGCCAAGCUUGGUUUCCAGCACAAGAAAAGUAGGAUUGGACGAUCACUGCAAGAUCAUAGACCUCUUAUUUAUGUAUUCAUUUUAUAACGGCAAAAAUGUAGAAAGAUAGUCUAAUAAAAGCAAGUGGAAUA